AUAUGAGAUUGGUGAAGUAACUAUAUAUUCAAACAUAGCAGGAAGUAUUAAACUUUGGAUUAUAAAUGUUUAUCGCUUUUUCUAAUUAUUGGGUAAUAUGUUUAUCUUCAUAGUUUUGUGUAUUACAUUUGUUUGCCCAUAUAGAACUGUGUUUGCAAAAUGCAAUAUAACUAUUAAUAUGCUGGGCCAUAAGGAGGCUAUGUGUAAAUACCAAGGAUUUACUUCGGUUCCGAUGAAUUUACCACCCGAUAUAACGAAAUUGGAUUUAAGUUUCAAUAGACUGACCAGACUCGAUUCAGACGGAUUCUACAGAUAUAAGUAUCUAGAAGAUCUAAUAAUUGAUCAUAAUGGCAUCAGAAUGUUGUAUUCUAAGGCUUUUCAUGGCUUAUCAUUAUUGAGACAUUUGUCUUUGUCUAAAAAUAAUCUGGAUGUAUCUAAAUCGUAUCAUCGUGAAGUAUUUGAAUCCUUACAGAAUUUAUCAGUUUUAGACAUAAGUAGAAAUAUAAAAACUCUAAACUACAGCCCGUACAAAAUUCCCGUCGGCGGACUCAGUAACUUACGUGAGCUGAGCAUCGAUCUUGUAUUAAAUGCAACGUUUGGACAGCAGUUCAAGAAACUGCACAAUUUACAUAUAUUGAAAUUUGAUUAUUGCCACGUAAACUAUCUAUACAAUACAACAUUCUCAGAAAUGCCGAUACAUAUAAAGGAAUUCCACAUGACAACUUGUAAAGACUUUGUUGUUAUUGAAGGUGGUGUUUUAGUUCCAUUUCCACAUCUAAAAUUGCUGAAUCUUACGAACAGCAAUAUUCACUUAACACAGGCUCUUAACAUUUUACAUCCAUUUCAGAAGAAAUCAAUGGAUGCGCUACUACUUCGCGGAAUAUCUCAUCCUGUUUCUAAACAAGGCUUAGAUUCAGUUAUUCUUACACCAGAGAUGAUGAAAUAUAUAUCAACUAUUUGUAUAAAAACAUUAGACUUCUCUGACAAUGACAUUAUAUUAGUUAAAAACAAAUCGUUUGUUCAGUUUGAACAUCCAGAGUGCUUUGAAAAUGUUAUGUUAUCUGCUAAUAGAUUUAGUUUGGAUAACUGGGCAGGUUAUUUCUUCAAAUUUUUAUACACGAUGACCAAUAUUAAAAUAAUUGAUUUUUCAUAUUUUCCUUUACGAUUCAAAAACCCAAUUUUCCUCGACAUAGUAACAAAAGAUAACUAUACAAGCAUUGAAAAAGUUCAAGGCCAUUGGAGAAGAAAGGUUAUUCCAAUUACAGUAACAUUUCCGAGUCAAAUCCUUUUUUUGAGAAUGACGCAUCUUAUGGCUAAAAAUGCCUUUAGGGAAAUAAAAACAAUAAACAGCUCCCUUCGUCACCUUGAAAUAUCCUAUUUUGAAACAGAUGUAUUUCCACUUUUGACUUUUGAAGGAUUCAAUAGUUUGGAGCAUUUGGAUCUGUCAGGUAUCAGUUCUGUUCUAACUAUUGGAGAGAGAAAAAUUUCGGUUUUAAUUCAUCUGAAAACAAUCAUCUUAAAAGAAACACAAUUGUUCAAUGUUUUACAAACCAAUACAACAAUAUUAUGUUUUUGUCCAAAUAUAAUGAAUUUGGAUAUAUCAUAUAAUUAUAUCUGGAAAAUCAAAGCAAAUUCGUUUGGGCAACUUCUUCAUCUAAAACAACUCAAUCUAUCUCAUAAUUUAUUUGAGACUAUUCCAGAUGUUGUUACAACCUUUUAUAGCAUUGUCGAACUCGAUUUGUCAUACAAUCAAUUAACAACAAUUGGAAAGAAUAUACUAGAUUGGAUUGAUUCCCAGCAUAAAAAACAUGGAAGUUUUAAAUUAUAUCUACAUAAUAACCCGCUUAUUUGUUCGUGUGACGCGACGAAAUUUCUACGUUGGAUUUUGACAACUAAAGUAAACCUAGAUAAUAAUGGUAAUUACUCUUGCUGGGUUUCUUCAAGAAAAGGCAUCAACUAUACAAGAAAUGUCGCUGAAGACUUUCAUCAUUAUUUCGUUGACUGUGAUACUACCAUUUGGAUCAAAUUAGGCAUUUCAUUAUUGGUUUCUGUUUUAUCGAGUGUGCUUUGUAUUGCUCUAUUAUACAAUUUCAGAUGGAGGAUAAUGUUCUUUUUCUUUCGAAAUUUCCGAAGAUUUGCUGAGAAAGAGCUGAAGCUAACAUUUGAUUAUGACGUUUACGUUUCAUAUUCCGAUGACUGCGUUUCUUUUGUGAAAGAAUUGCAAGAGAAAGUAGAGGACGAAUGGGGUUUCAAAAUAUGCUUUGAAGAUAGAGAUUUCAUUGUAGGCGAAUCGAUUGCUACCGAAAGAGCUACGUCAAUAAACAGAUGUAGACACAUAAUAUUUCUAGUAACGCCGUCAAUUGUUAAAAAUGAAUGGACAAGGUUUGAAAUCGAGCGAGCAAAGUAUGAAAAGUUUUCCAAAAAUCUGCAGAGGAUUGUAGUUAUUACAAGAGAUAUUCCUUUGGAUACUAUUCCGAUGGAAUUUUCUACCAUUUGGAAAGAUGCACUUUUAAUUCAAUGGCCAGUCGAGAAGGAUGCAGUACAAAUGGCUUGGCAAAAGCUUCGACUUUGGUUCUUUUGAUGUAGUUUUAAGGUACAGGCGUCAACAAAAUGGGAAAUGUACUAUGUAUGUGUUAACGUUUCCUAUUAAUUUUUGUUUAUUUUGUUAAUUUCAAAUAGUUUUCCCGGUAUGUUUUUUUUUGUUAUUGUUAAAAGUAAGGAUACUAAAAACUAGUGCAUAAUCUAGAUACACUAUUGUACACGUGUAAUAUGGGGAUAAAUAUUGCAAGAAAUUGUUUACAUAUAACUGAGUGUAUUGCAGCACAGUAUAUUUUUUUGAUAUCUAUGUUACUGAUAUGAAUACAUUCAAUUAUUGAUGAUUUAUUUAUUACAUUCAAAUUUAAAUGUUUGUCACACCUGUUUUAAUCUUCCGGUUUCUACAAUUAAACGACAGAAAUUUACAAUAUUUUCAAAUGAACGAUCUGUAACUAUAAUCAACACUACGAUCUAAAUGAAAUUUCUAACCAUUUGGACAACUAGUAUAAAUAAAUGUUUAAAAAUAACAUUUCUUUAUUAAUAAUUUUUAGUAGUAGCUGACUUCUAGAACGCUAUAUAAAAAAAAUUAAAGAUACCAAGCUUAUAAUUUGGUACGCCAGAAGAGAUUUUCGUAUCGGCAACGUUGGAAUAAAAAAAAUUGUUGAAAAUUAGCAUAUAUAAAGAUAUUGUAAUCAAGAUAUACCUGGUUUUUAUGAAAAUAAACUUCAAGGAAAAUAUUGAAAGAGCUGUGCAAAUAGCAGAAUAAAAAAAUGUGGAAUAUGAAUGGGGUUUAAAUUGGCGAUAUGACACUUACAACACUGAAAAAUAUCUAUAUUUCUGGCUAGCAUAUUAGUGAUUCGUAUCGUUUUAUUUUUUCUGUCUAAAAUAAUAAAGUUUUGCAUUAUCUUACAUGGAAAAAAAAGACUGAAUCAUUUCAAUCAAUCUAGUUGAAUUUGUCGAUUAACAGAUGCAUGAUAACCAGCUGCUUUUAUAAGAUGCAUAUUCAGAAUGUAAAAAUUGUAUUUGAUUUCUAUGCGAACAAAUGUUUCUGGAGUAACCAUCAAAUACACUGUACACAAACAGAUUAGGAAUACGGUAAUAUGGCAUGGAUAUUCCCUGGAGUAUGUCCAAUUAUUCGCAUGAUUCAAGGUACUGUGGAUUCAUUAUUAUUCGUUGGAUAUCAAUUUUCGUGAAUUUUGUAUGUACAAGAAAAAAACGAAUUCAAAUGUUCAAUGAAUCACAAGAUUUCUAUAGAAACAUAUGCAGACUCAUAUUACCUUGACUAUAUUCAGAUUGUUACCUGACCCGUCUCUGAGCUUCAAGCUAGCUAAGAAAAACUUGUUAAACUGAACACACUCCCCGCAAAAAACAAUUUAGAAUAAAGGCUGUAUUUCAGAAUUGACCACAUGUUUAAUAAACAAUAUUUUUUUCUCGUAAUUGCUUUAUGAAAUAAAAAGUCCAAAAUGUU